GCCGGGGCGGGAGCGGGGCGGCCCCGGCGGCGGGGAUGGCGGCGGCGGCCGGCUGAGGGGCCGCGGCUGCCAGCGCCGAGCCCGCCGAGCCGCCCGCACCGCCGGCACCCGGCCGGGGACAGAGCCGGCGGAGAGCGCCGGCCCCGCGGGCAGCGCCCGCCGCACCAUCAUAUUUCCAGAAAGUGCCUCGAGGAAGCUUCCUUAUGUAGAAAACCCCCCAAGAAGCACAGUGAGCACUUCCUGGCAGCUUGUGAGGCAAAGCUGUCACGAUGGCAGAGAACAAGGACAGCAGCGCGAAAAACGCCGAUGUGAGGCCCAAGAGCAGCCGCAGCAGAAGCGCAGACAGAAAGGAUGGGUAUGUCUGGAGUGGGAAGAAGCUCUCCUGGUCCAAGAAAAACGAGCACUGUCCUGAUGCCGAAACAGCGAGCGCUGCAGGAAGGUCGGGGGCUAAUCUGAGGAGCCAAGAGAGGAAGUACAGCUGCUCGUCCAUCGAGCUGGAUCUGGACCGGUCCUGUGGCCACAGGUUUUUAGGGCGUUCUCUCAAGCAGAAGCUGCAGGAUGCUGUGGGUCAGUGCUUCCCCAUAAAGAACUGCAGCAGCCGGCACGCCUCCGGACUGCCAUCCAAAAGGAAAAUCCAUAUCAGCGAGCUGAUGCUGGAUAAGUGUCCUUUCCCGCCGCGCUCCGAGCUGGCUUUCCGGUGGCACCUGAUCAAAAGGCACACGGCUCCCAUAAGCCCAAAGGCAGAAGAAUGGAUAAUUGCUGAUUUAUCCCAGCACGAGGACAGGGAGGAUCAGCUGCGAGACGAGGAGAUUGCCAAUGGGGGAAUGGACUCUCCUUCGCCGUCCUGUGACUUCACCGACAGCAGUUCCUCUCGGGGUGACCCCAGGCCUGAGCUGGGGACAGGUAAGGUGGCAAGGGGCAGUCGAGACGAGAGCGACAUGGACUCCGACGAUGAAGUCGUAACUCUGUGCACGAGUUCUCGAAAGCGGAACAAGCCCAAGUGGGAAACGGAUGACGAGCUGCUACGGAUGGAAACGCCUCCAAAGUACCACACCCAGAUUGAUUAUGUGCACUGCCUAGUGCCAGACCUCCUCCAGAUCAAUAACAACCCCUGCUACUGGGGGGUCAUGGAUAAAUACGCGGCUGAGGCGCUGCUGGAAGGAAAGCCGGAGGGAACGUUCCUGCUGCGAGACUCUGCCCAGGAGGACUAUUUGUUUUCCGUGAGCUUCAGGCGCUACAGUCGCUCCCUCCACGCCCGGAUAGAGCAGUGGAAUCACAACUUCAGCUUUGAUGCCCACGAUCCCUGUGUCUUCCAUUCUCCUGACAUCACAGGACUCCUAGAACACUACAAGGAUCCGAGCUCCUGUAUGUUCUUUGAACCACUUUUGUCCACGCCCCUGAACAGGACCUUUCCCUUCUCUCUCCAGCAUAUAUGUAGAACGGUCAUUUGCAACUGUACAACUUAUGAUGGUAUUGAUGCACUUCCCAUUCCUCCCUCGGUGAAGCUGUAUCUGAAGGAAUAUCAUUAUAAGUCAAAAGUUAGAGUGCUCAGGAUUGAUGUACCAGAGCAGCAAAGCUAGAAAAUAUUUUUGUGCAAAAAAUUUCUCCAAACAGACACUAGAACAUUCAAUCUCUUUUCCUUCUAGGAUUUUUUUUAAAUAGCGACUUGAUUAUUUUUUUCUUUUUCUGCAUAUUAUUUACCACCCAAACUAGUCUCUGUUUAAAUGUACUUUUGAGUCUUCACAGCUCUCUUUUUUAGAAAUUAUAUUCAUUGUGGGCUUUUGGUACGGUCCCUAGGCUAGAGUUUUAUAGAAUUCCAGGUAGGCUUUCUGGUAUUUCUAUAGAUGGAUAGUCGUUAGAGCUAAAACCCCCUGAAAAUCAGUUUUGAACUUGAUCUGUCUUUUCUAUUGUAGUUGACACGUGUUGCUGACAUGAUUGAAAUAAUGCACGGUUAACUCUAAAGAUUGACUCAUCUGUAUUUUCUGCAUUUCUUUUAAAAUGAGUGCUCUAGCCUCUGUGUGUGUGUGAGUCUGUCCGUCCCUAUCCACUGCAGUAAAUUCAUCAGUCUAUUUCUAACAUUACUAUUCCAAGCAAAAUGAAGUUUGAAAGAGGAUAUGAUGUCUCUAUAAAUAUAUCAGGGGACUAAAUACCAGGGAGAGGAAAAACAAUUCAAGUUAAGGACAACACUCAGGGCAGGAACAAACAUGUAUAAACUGGUCCUGAAAAGAUUUUAGUUGGUGAGGAGGAAGACUCGUCGUCGUCAGAGCAGCGGGGUUCUGGAAGAGCUUUUCAUUUUGUAUAAUAGCAGUAAAAAGCAAACUGCUCAUAAACUGGGAUUUGAUCAGUGUCUGGAAGAGAUAAUCAUGUAGUUACUGAUGAUAGAUGGGGCUUGAACUUGGGAACUCUGUUUCUGUGUUACUGUUGCUUUAUAUGAAAUACCCAGUUUUUGCUCUAGGAGUUGCCACUGCUUAAAUGAUUAAGCACAGGGUGGGAGGGUGGCAAGGAAGAUAUUUCCUUAAAAAUCUGCAUAUUUAACAAUCUGAUUCUGCAUGGUCGAGCCUGAGGUGAUGGUGAAUAACUUUCCUACUUUAUUAGUAGGGGGGUUGGUUUUUUAAAUGAGUAUAGUUAAAAAAGAAAGCAAGCCUGCUGAUUUUUCUUGCAAUGUGAAGCAUUCGGUCGAAUGGCUUCCUGCCAAAUUCCGUGUACGGGAAAACCAUGCAUGGAUAAUGCUCCUAAAAGCAUUACUUGCAUUACAUGGGUAGGCAGAUCUGCUGCUGAGCUGUUGGUGGAAUCCCACGAGACUCAGUGGAUGUGGGUUCAGGCAGGAAGCUCCAGGCUGGCAGCUCCAGGAGGUGCAGCCCUGACCUGCAGUUCUGUUCCCUGCGUGUGUUUUAUCUCCUCGCCCAAACUGGGCCCAGAAGUCCUCUGCCAAAAGAAUGUGAGAUGGUGUAAUUGUAACUCCAACAACCACAUUGUUUCCCCUCCUUUGGCCACAGGGAGCCUUUGUAUCCUCUCGAAAUGCUUUUGAAACUGAGCCCCAAGCCUGCUGAAUUACAAAUGUGUUUCAUUUCAUGCAUGGGGAGGAUCCUAUCAGCAUUGACCUGUGGGUGAGGCUAUCACAGAAUGGUUGGGGUUGGAAGGGAGCUCUGGAGAGGAUCUCAUCCAAGCCCCCUGCUCAAGCACAGGAUCACAUCCAGGUGGGUUUUGAACAUCUCCAGAGUAGGAGAUUCCAAAAUGUCUCUGCACAGCCUAUUCUAGGCCUCCAUCACCUGCACAGUAAGGAGGUUUUUCCUCAUAUUCAGAUGGAACUCCCUGUGUUUCAGUUUGUGCCUGUUGCUCCUUGUCCUGUCUCAGGGCACCACUGGAAAGAGUCUGUUCCCAUCCUCCUGACACACGUGUCCUUAAAGUGUUUGUAUGGAUUGAUUGGUUCCCCUCUCAGCUGUCACUUCUCCUCACAGGAGAGAUGCUCCAGUGCCCUCAGCCCCUUCACUGGCCCACUCCAGUAAUUCCUUGCAUUUCUCAUGCUAAGCAGCCCAGAACUGGACACAGCAGUCCCAGCUGAGCCCUCCCCAGGGCUGAGGAGAGGGGCAGGAUCACCUCCCUCGACCUGCUGGCCACACUUUCCCUCAUGUAGCCCAGGAUACCAUUGGCCUUGGCCACAAGGACACAGUGCUGGCCCAGCCCAGCUCCUUCUCCACAGCAGCUCAGCCCCCAGCCCAGACUGGAGCCUGGGGUUAUUCUUCCCCAGCAUAUGGGGGUCCUGCUUGAACUUCCUUAGGUUCUUCCCUGCCCAUCUCUCCAGCCUGUGCUGGGUCUAGCUGAGUGUCAGCACAGCCUGUUGGUGUGUCAGCCACUCCUCCCAGUUCCCUGCUGAGGGAACACUCUGUCCCUUCAUCCAGGGUGGUGAACAAGCUGAACAAGACAGGACCCAUCACUGAUCCUUGGGAAUCUGUGUGCAGGCAAGGAGCACAGUGCUGUAGAGCCUGGCUCCAAGAUUGUAAACUCAGACUAAGCAAUACUUCUAUUUGAAUCUUUUCAUUUCACCUUGUACAGAAUCCUAUAGAUUUGUGGACAUCAAAUCCAUCCUACAAGGUGGCAGCUCAGGAGUUGCAAAGGGAACUUUGCUGUGCAACUCCACUGGGAGCUGCCACCCUGCCCUUACCCCUAACCUGAGCAGAUAAAACCCUUUCCACUGAGCUGCUGCCACUGUGAUGAUGUAAACAGAUUUCCAGGGACAUCUGCCUAGAGACCAGCCCGUUUGUUUUCUCUGGGUUUUAAAUAGGUUUGGAACCAAAAGUCUCUAGGGAGAAAAUGCUAACACAUCAAUCCAUGGCAUCACACAUGGAUGAUCACGCUCCAGGAUGAAUUCUCAGCUGCCAUAAAUCAGCGUGGCUUUAUUGAUACACUUAUAGUGGCUUAUCCCAGCUGAGAUCCUCCCUCCUCCAUAUCCAAAUGGAAUUGUGGGGCUGAUGUCAAAAAAAAAUGACCCUGGUUUUUCUGUAAUUUUUCUCUUGUGCUGCUUCCAUUCAUUGCCUUUUGCAUAAACUGUAUUUUAUCAAGGGCAGCUUUAUAUUGCUAAGUCUAUUUUACCCUGUCACUGCCACUUUCCAGAUACAAAGUAGGGAUCAUCACUGCUCUGCUCUUGUCCACUGUGCCCACCAUGGUGGGAUGGUGGGCUGGGAUUUGGGUGGCUGCAGUACGAAGAAAGAGCUUCUGGUUCAAGAUCUGCAGUGGCCUCAGAGAUACUUGCAGUCUGCUUGAUUAAAAUUCUCUUUCAGAAACUUCUAAUUAGUGCAAAAAGGGCAUAAUUUUAGAUAAGGAUUAGCAUUAUUUUUAUGGCAGGACCAAAACCAUUAGGUUUUGACCAAAAGUUGUAUUUCAGAAGUUACUGAAGACCAUCAUCAUUUUCAAAAUCAGCAAAGAUUUUUUUUUCCUUCAAAGUGAAAGACCAGGAGAGAACCUUUUUUGGGGUAUCAUUCCCCAACACACUGAAUUUCAGCGUCAUUUUGGAUGCAGCCUACAUUGUUUUGACAUGAGUUGAUGCAUCACUUACCCCAAAAACAUCUUGAGCACUCCAAAUUUAGGAGACCUAUAUAAUACAGCAAUUGGGGGAAGAAGGUGUGGCACACAAAAAUAGUGCCUUUGGACUGUGGGGCAGUAAAUUGCAUUAGUUUUGAGAAAUUAUAUGUGGAAAGUAUUGAUAAAUGGGAUUUCAUGAGGGUUCCCACUAUUUUUUCCUGAUUUUUGUCCAUCUUUGUGACAAUUGUCCCUCAUGACACCGAGUUGUGUGACACGUGCAGUCUGUGCAAGAUCCAUGGCAUGAACUGUACAUGUUUUAAGAAAUGGAAGAACUCAAAAGGUCUAUUUUGUUUAAAUCCAUUAACCUUUUUUCCCCCUCUUUUUUCCCUCUCUAUUUUAAAUAAACCUGGUAGGACUGGUUUUACAAUACGCCAAGAACUGUCACCCUAAAGUUUUCCUCCCACUGCUGUCAUUACCAGUCCUAUCAGUGCUGCUCAUUCCAGCACCACCUUAGAACACCUUGACCCAAAGACAAGCAAGUCAUGAAUUCAGUUUUGAAACCCUCUUAAAAAUUAGCCUCAAAAACAGAGUAAGAACUUCCAUUUUCUAGAAUCACAGAAUCCCAGAAUGGUUUGGGUUGGAAGGGACCUUACAGAUCAUGCAGUUUCACCCCCUGCCAUGGGCAGGGACACUUUCCACUACUCCAGGUUUUCCAGGUUGCUCCAAGCUCCAUCCAGCCUUGAACACUUCCCAGGAUGAGGAGUCCACAGCCUCUGUUCUCAGCCCAAAUCCUGCCAAGACAGAAAUCCCCUACUCUUCAGGAUGAAGAUUUCAAGUGGAACAAGGAAAGGUGCAGAGAUGUGCCAAACCCCAUGUGCCCAAGGUUAUGCAGCAGGCCAGUUGUUGAGCAAGGUCAUAAAUCCAGAGGUGACUCUGGCCACAGCUCCUGUGUUUUGAGGCACCCAACCAGCUGUACAUCAGGAAUUCUGUCUGCAAGAUGUGCUUUGAAUUGUUUUGAAGGUUGUCCCAUAGCAGCACAGUGGAAACAGAGUGUAUUGAAUUGGUGUGAACAGCUUCUGGUGAAAAAAAGAUCUGAUUUUCAUAAAUUAUUUUGAUAUAAGGCGGGGAAGAAAUGGUCAGGCUCUUGAUGGAAAUGGUCAGGCAAACUACAAGUUAUUUUUACGGGAUGGUUUAGAUAAAAAUUAAACACUGUCCCCAUUAAUUGUGUCCUCUGGAGUUUGCUUUUGCCUGGAAUGACUUUUUGCAGGUCUGUAACAAUGUCACUCGUUGGCCGGGGGCCAUCGAUGCAGAGCAACUUCAGCUCCAGCAGAUUCAUUGAUGGGCUUGGGGUGGUUUGUGUGUCUGAUAACUGGGAAUACACAUUUCUUCUCGAUUUUCCUGUUCUCAGCAUUUGUCUUGAUGAAAUCCAGGCUGUAUUUGGAGCAGGGUAUCUAUAUCUAUAGCAGCACAUCCAACUUUAAAGGAAACCAAACCAACAAAUUAUCAUGAUUUAAAUGCUUUCCUUUUAAAGAUGCUGCUGGGCUUCCAGUAUAAAGAAGAAAUCCUUGUAUGAUGCAGUCAUAUAGGGCCUUACUAUAAAAUUGACAUGCUCUUAAAUAAUUAAAAACGGGGAUACUUUAAUUUUGAAAAAGGAUACAGGAGGAAGGAGGUUAAAGGAAGCUUUUAGUCAGAUCCAAGGUUAGAUUUAUUGAUCUAGUGAUCAAUCCUAUUCUCUUUCCUGAAUUUAAAGCUAAUGGGAGACUGUGGUCAGAGAUGAGUGGCUUUUAGUUAAGGUUUUUGACUCUUAUAAAUAAUACAACAAAUGUCCUAGUAAGUAAUAAGAAAUAAGAUACUCGCUCAUUCUUUUUAAAUAGAACAAACGUGGCAAACAAGACUCAGCUGUAAUUUUUGAAGUAAUUUAUUAGACAAAUUGCUCUUCUCUACUUCUUUUACAAGAGAGACAUAAACCAUUAUAUUAUUUAUUCAUGAAUCAUAGCCAUUAAGAUCAUAAAUCAAAUUAUCAGCUUCCUGUCUCUCUUCAGUUUUAAUCAUUUUUUAUAGUUCAUGCACUAUAAAGACAGCUUCCUUCCUAUGAAACAAGAGACCUUCAGAGACCUUUUUAUUGUAAACGUACAUUUCCUUCUCAUUUUUAAGUAUAUCCUUGUGAUUUUCCCUGUCAAUUUUAUCUGCAAUAAAAAUCCAAUAAGGAACUUGUUCAUUGAUUCAAUAUAGCAAAGUUAGCCAUGAAGCAAGUGAUUUUGGUUAACCUCUGAAACAAUGGAGCACUUGAAAAUGCAGUUACAGGGCUUUUUUUUUCCUGCCACCCCGAAAUGUGCAUGGUGGCAUCAUAUAUUUAAUAAAUAUUUAAUAGAGAGAAAUCUUGACACAAGCUCACCUACUGAUAGCCAGACCCUUCACAAAGGGUUUAACGUGAUCUCUGCCGUAGUAUGGCUUUUAAAAUGCAUUCAAGCUCUUUUUUUUCUGCUCUGUUCACGCAGGCAGCUGCCCGGGAGGCGGAGAGCCGAGGCUGCUGUGAGAGCUGAGAUGCUUUCACACAUCCUCCCUUCCCUCCGUCUGGCCCCGCAUCCCGCACGUGGGUGGGAAGUGUCCAUUGAGAAGGAAAUGCACAUUGAUUUCCAUUCCCAGCAGCUGCUUCUAAACUUGAUCGUCCUGGCUAAAGGAUGCUCCUUGCUCAGGAAGCACCGAUGAGGUCAGAGGUGCCCAGGGUGAAAGAGGAGCCUCUGCUUCGCUACAAAUACUCCUCCGUGCUGCAGUGUAAAAAUCAAUACUUGUUUACUCAACUCUAUGAAUAAUAGAGCUUUGAACAUAAAUAUAUAAUUUAUGCAUCUAAAAUCUAUAGCGGGGGGCUGACAGGAGGUGCAAUAACUUCCCUAUAUCCCUUUUAAAAAUCCCCUGGGUGUCUGGGUGAUGCGUUAUCUGGACAAAACACAUCCUCAGCCCAGCCUUCCCACAGACAGGUCAUUGCAAACAUCCUCCUGUGGGGAUCCUUUGGGAAUGUCUGCCCCAUGGACGGCCUUGUGUGGGCACUCCAGAUAUUUUAUUGCUGUGGAGAAUCCCUUGAACAGUGUGGGUUUGGGACCAGUCUGAGGGAUGCCUGCAGCAAGCACAGCUCCCGUGGUUGCCACAAUGUGAUCAGAGGGCUGUGAGGAAAGGCUGAGAGAAUUGGAAUUGUUCAGCUUGGAAAAGAGAAAGCUUCAGGGUGACCUAAUUGUGGCCUUCCAGUACCUGAAGGGAGCCUACAAGAAACACGAAGAGGAACUUUUUAGAAGAGCAUACAGUGACAGGGCAAGGGGGGAUGGAUUCAAACUGACAGAGAGUAGGUUUAGAUGAGAUAUUAGAUGAAAUUUUUCCUGUGAGGGUGGGGAGGCCCUGGCACAGAGAAGCUGGCAACAUGUCCAAGGUCAGGCUGGACAGGGCUUGGAGCAGCCUGGGAUAAUGGAAGGUGUCUCUGCUCAUGGCAGGAAUGUUAUGACCUUUAAGGUCCCUUCCAGCCCCACUCAUUCCAUGAUUCUGUGAGGAACAUUCCCAGAAGAUAAUUUCCACCAUUUCCCAGGAAGGAUGUCAGGUCUAGAGGGUGUCAGAUCUAAAGGGCCAAAGCCAGAGUCCUUCUGCUAAAGCUGGGCCUUGGGAAUAUGGAUCCCUCUUCCCUGUCCUCUUCUUUUCCUGUGGUUCUUGCACAUCGAAAUGAUGCAGCAGGAAAAACACUGGGCCCAUGUUACAUCCUAUAAUCCAACAUUGCUGGGAAGGGCCAAUUCAAAGAUUUGAAUCCAGAUUCAAGGUAGGAGAUUGUUUGGCUAUCUAGAAGCUCUUCCAUCUUAUUUUCCUUGAUUUUAUUUUUAAUUAUUUUGGGGGGAGAAGUCUUACUUAUUUCUUAAGUCUGAUGUUGAGCCAGUAACUCAGAGCAUCUCUUGUUUUUGUUUCAGAUGAGCAUGUUCAUUGCCAGACCUUUUAUUUUUAAUGUGUUUCAAUUGGACUAGACCACAGUUCAUGGCUUGUGCUGACAUGGGAUUUUUUUUUUUCAGGAAAAAGCUGGGUUUGUCCUUCCUAGCAGUUACAUGGUUGUAUUUCUAGGUCAGGUCUUUAUGUGUAGCCAAAUGAAGUUCCAAAUUGGACAAAACACCUAGUAAGGGUCUUGAUGCUGUUAUGAUUAGAAAGUUGUCUGAUCAAAUUUUGUUUCCAAUUAAAAAAAAUUGGAUUAGCUUUCAGAUUGAGA